GAGUGAGAGAGAGAGAGCGUCGCUGAGUGUAGAAUCAGGAGCUCCAGCCCGCUUGAAGCGUCCAGCAGCGGCAGGUUGGAUUAUUAUGCAGACAGACCCGCUCGUGUCGCCUCUCUGUGAACCCUGAACCCUGAACUCUGAGUCCUGACUGCUGGACCUUCUAACAUCCGGGACCUUCCGCCGCGGAGAUGGGGAACCUGAUCCUGGCGGCGCUGCUGCUGCUGCACCUGCCCGCAGAGCUGCUGUCCAUCCAGGUGGUGGUCCCCGAGACCGAGCGGAGCACCAUGCUGUUCGCCAGCGUCAUCCUGAGGUGUGACUACUCCACCUCGUCCACGGCGCAGGACGUCCUGGUCACCUGGAGGUUCAAGUCCUUCUGUAAGGACCCGGUGCUGGAGUACUACUCCACAGCCUACCAGGCGGCUCUGCAGCUGGGCCAGGACCCCUCCAACGACUGCCCGGACCGCCAGCGCACGGUGCGCACGGUGGUGCAGAAGAGGGGCCUGAACGAGCCCAUCCUGGGAGCCGAGUACCGCAACCGCAAGAUCACCAUUCAGAACAAGGCCGACCUGGUCAUCACCGAGGUCAUGUGGUGGGAUAACGGCGUGUACUUCUGUUCCAUCGACGCUGCCGGCGACACCACGGGGGACUCGGACCGAGAAAUCAAGCUCAUCGUCUACCACUGGCUGACGGUCCUGCUGAUCAUCCUGGGCGCGCUCAUGCUCCUCAUGCUCUGCUGCAUCUGCUGCUGCCAGUGCUGCCCGCAGAAGUGCUGCUGCUACGUCCGCUGUCCCUGUUGUCCUCAGACCUGCUGCUGCCCGGAGAAAGCUGUGAUGCAGCACCGGAUGCUGCGGGACGCUCGGAAAGCCAUGGGUCCCUGGAUGAACGGACAGCCGGUCUACGCUCCCAUCAGCUCCGCAGCCUCGUCCCAGGGCGUCCCCAUUCUCUACUCCGGCUCUUACAGCGACUACCCCACCAAGCCCAACUUCUCCAUGCCCCCCCUGCAGCUGUCCCCGCUGGGCCUGGAGCAGCAGCCCCCCCCUCCUGCUCCCCACCAUCUCGGCGGCGGCGUUCCGGGGAACCACCAGAUGCUGGACUAUGUGGAGAACCAGCUGAGGGGGCUGGACGCGGGGCCGCUGCCCACGGCGCAGUACGCCGUCCAGGGCGUGGCCCCGCCGCAGGCGCGGCCCGCCCCCACCGCCGUGCCCUACACGGCCGGACCUCCCAGCAUGCUGUCGGCGCUGGACGAGAUGGGGGUGAGGGGGACGGAGAGGAGGGUGAUCACCCUGCCCCCCAUCAUCCAGCGCGUGUCCAGCUUCACCUCCCGCAGGGCCCCCGGCGGGCAGGACGGCGCCAGAGGAGGCCCCCGCCUGUCCAGCCGGUCCAGCGGGAGCACCAGCCGAUCGGGAAGGGCCGGGGGCGGAGGAGGGGGCGGAGGCCGGGGCUACAGAGACACGUCUCCUCCCAGACGGGGGAUCCUGCGUGACUACAGCGACGAUUCAGACUGGGACCACCGCAGGGGGAGACCGCCGCACAGGAGGUCCAGGGACGAGAGAGGAGGCUCCGCCAGGCCCCGCCCCCGGAGCCGCGACGACCUGAUGGAGGAGCUGCACAGCAGGGGAGCGCGGCGGGAGAGGAGCUACUCUCCCCCUCUGAACGGGUCGUCCUGGAGCUCCGACGACGACAGCAGGACCAGGAAGGGCGGCAGAGGCAGGGAGUGGCCCGAGAAACCGCCCAGCUACUCCUCCAUCGAGAGCCAGGCGGCCAGAGACCACCGCAGGAACUACCACCACCCGUCUGACCGAAGCUCCCGGAGCAGCACCAGCGUCGUCAUCUGACACGUUUCUGUCUUUCCAGAGACGGGACUGAGCUGGAAGCGUGAGGGAAACGGUGCGACGAAGCACUGUGUUGGUGUGGUUGUACUGUGUGUGAAAUGUACGUAACAACAGAAAGAAUAUUUCAGUGUGUGUGGAGACAGUCUCCUGUUAGGAUCGUCACUGUUUUUCUUAAGUAGUGCAGUUUUUGUGUUCUGAAAGUGUCCUGCUCUGAGUUUCCGGCACUGAUUUCAUGCUUAAUGGUGCAGAUUUUGUUUGACUCAGGCCAGUUAUUCACUCAUAACAGUGGAAUGUUUAAUUAGCAUGUUUAGGUAGCCUGUAUGACGCUGACAAAGGAUGAUUAAACCCUCACUGAUGUUUUAAAGAGCCGGGAGAUUGUAUUUUCUCAGUUUUUCUGCUGCCUGUGAACUAAAACGAUUGACAUUGUGUCUUGUCUGAACUUUCACCUUGUCAGCACUGAUGCAUUUUCAUCCAUUUCAAGCAGACUGGGAUCAUAUUUGACCCCGACCAGCUUCAGCUUAUGAGAAUCUGUAGCAUUAGUACAAAUGAUAAGAAUUUAGGUUUUGUGUAUUUUGGAUAGUUUGUGGGGAAAUCGUGGCGUUUUCGAGGGAAGGAAUUACAGUUGGGGUAUUUUUACUGUUGUCACAGGAAGUGAUUUUAACAGCAGACUGGACGCAACAGUGAAAAUGAAAAAAAUAAAUGAAAUGUUAAGAACCAGCUGUUCAUAAUCCUGUCAAAGGAAUCAAAACCAAGACUGAGGAGCCUGAAGAACCAAAUUAAAAACAGGCCUCUGUUCUGCUCAUAUUAUGUUCUUGAUGUCUGUGUUGUAAUCAACUGUUGAUUUUUUUUUUUUAGACAUUUCCCUCUUUGAGGAGUUUUGUCAAUUUUUUUUAUAUUUUGAAGAGAAAAUCUCCUUUUGCCUUAUCCAAUAUUAUGUAUUUGACAAUUUCUUAGAUGCAAGCGCAUUUUGCCUGUUUUCAAUAGUAGCUCUUAUUUUUCCAUAAUUUUACUUUUUAAAGCCUCUUUUUCAUAUUUAUGAGCUGUGACCAUGUUUAGCAGGACGGCAGCAAUUAAGAGUUCACCACAUUUUCAAUAAAGUGAAUAGAAAUAGAUAUUAAGUAUUCUUUUCUUCAGCAUGGAUGGAUUUGAUUUUUAUUUAACUUCUUUUGUAGUCUGUAUGCAAUGUGUUUGUAAUAAAACAAAAACGA